ACACUCCAUCAAAUCAUUUUACAUUCACCAAUUUAGCAAAGUAGGUUAUUUUUUGGUCUCAAAAUGGCACCUCAUGGAGAGACAAUUGCAACGCCCAAUGUUGGAAACCUUAUCAAACCACCUCAACUCUCUAACGACAGCCUAAAAAGGACAAUGUCUGAAAUCACAUACGAGUGGAUGAACGAUGAUCAUAUUAUCGAUGCAAAUUUAGCUCCAGUCCCUGAAGUAGAAAGCGCGAAAUGCGAGUGUUGUGGCAUGAGUGAUGAGUACACAUCCGAAUACAUCGAUCGAGUUCGAAAAAUAUACUUAGGUAAGUGGAUAUGUGGGCUUUGUGCUGAUGCAGUAAAAGAAGAGGCCCAAAAGAAUGGAGGACAAAAUCAACAAGCAUUAACUACUCAUAUGAGUGCUUGUAGCAGCUUUAAUAAAUUUGGUAGGGCUUAUCCAGUACUUAAUCAAGCUGAGGCCAUGAGACAAAUGUUGAAGAAAAAUACAAACAGAAUUAUGAGGGCAAAAUCUAUUAGUCCAAGGGAUAGAAUUAUGCCAAAGAAGAGUGGAGGAAUUACUAGAACAAUUAGUUGUAUUCCUGCCAUUACUAAAGAGAUAGGUGACCUUAAUAUAGCAAUCUGAUCGAUAAGACACGCACCCUUGAGUUGUACCUUUUGCAAUAACGUCUGUACUAUAGUCGUCUUAAUUUUCUGUUUAUGUCUAAACUUUGGUGUAAAUCCUAUUACCCUUGUGAGUUUUUUUAUGAUAAUUUUUUACUA